CCAGAAAUACUCAGAUAACAAUCGAAUUCCCAAAUCCCCAGUGGACUCAAAUCUCCUGCAGCGCCUUGGUCCGUGAGCAAUGUCGUCGAUAUACGUGUUGGAGCCGCCGACGAAGGGGAAGGUGGUGCUGCAAACGACGCACGGGCCGCUGGACGUGGAGCUCUGGCCCAAAGAGGCCCCGAAGGCUGUCAGGAACUUCGUCCAGCUCUGCCUCGAAGGAUACUACGACAACACCAUCUUCCAUCGCAUCAUCAAAGGCUUUCUGGUUCAGGGUGGCGACCCCACCGGCACCGGCACAGGGGGUGAGAGUAUUUACGGUGGUGUGUUUCCUGAUGAGUUUCAUUCGCGUUUGAGAUUCAAGCAUAGGGGUUUAGUUGCUUGUGCAAAUGCCGGUACACCCAAUUCGAAUGGGAGCCAGUUUUUCAUGAACUUGGAUCGGAGUGAUUGGCUUGACAAGAAGCAUACCAUCUUCGGAAAGGUGACUGGGGAUUCAAUCUAUAAUCUUGUGCGGUUGGGUGAACUCGAAACUGACAAGGAGGAUAGGCCUUUGGAUCCACCCCCAAGGAUACUAUCAGUAGAGGUGUUAUGGAAUCCCUUUGAUGAUAUUGUUCCAAGGGUACGUGCAAAGCCUUCGAAGGAAUCCAUAAAUGAUACUGACAACAAAGACACAAAGAAGAAAGCUGUAAAAAAGCUGAACUUGCUUUCAUUUGGAGAAGAAGCUGAAGAAGAGGAGAGAGAGUUGGCAGCUGUAAAGACCAAAAUCAAGAGCAGCCACGAUGUAUUGGAUGAUCCUCGUCUUCUGAAGGACGAAGUUCCAUUUAAUGAAUCGAACAUUGAUACCAAAACAAGGCAUGUACAGUUAUCUGUCAGAGAAGCUCUAAGCUCCAAGAAAGAAGAGCCCAAGAAAGACUCAGAGUCCAAAUUUUAUAAUACCCUUGAUCAUAGCGAUGAUGAUGAUGAUGAUGAUGAGGCCAACUUUGAUGCAAGAAUGCGCCAGCAAAUACUCAAGAAACGAACGGAUUUGGGAGAUCUCCCACCAAAGCCAAAGCUGAAAAAUGGGAGAUCUAGCCCAAAGCGGCAUGAAAUACCUACAUCAAGGUCCAAUGUGGAAAGCAUUGAUGAUGAUCAACAAAAGCUGGAUAAGCUGUCCUUGAAGAAAAAAGGGAUAGGAUCCGAGGCAAGAGCUGAGCGCAUGGCAAAUGCUGAUGCAGACUUACAGUUGCUGGGUGAAGCUGAAAGAGGAAGACAAUUGCAGAAACAGAGGAAGCGUAGAAAUCAAGGACGAGAAGAUGAAGUUCUCGCAAAACUUGAGAAGUUUAAGAAGGGAAUAUUUGAAAAGGGCACAGCCCCAGGUAUUGAAUCUGGAGGUGGCAAAGAUGAAGACUUAUCCAAUUGGAAAUCAGUUCCAUUAAAAUUUGCUCCUGAGAAAGGAAAGGAUCACAUGUCUCGCAGUGAGGACCUAAAUGACUACGUCGUGCAUGACCCUCUUUUGGAGAAGGGAAAAGAGAAGUUUAACCGAUUGCAAGCCAAGCAAAAGCGACGAGAGCUAGAAUGGGCUGGCAAAUCCCUUACUUGAUCUCAUCUAUGCCAUGCCCUAAUAUUUGAGACCAAAUCGAAGCUAUGAGAAUUCAUCCCGUUGUCUUUGCUACGCUGCAUGCCAGCUUAAAUCUUGAGCUACAUUGUUCGACAGCAGUUCAUCUCACACCUGUAUGGGUCAUCUGACCUACCAGGGCAGCCGAAGGCAUGAUUCUGCAUAUGUAUUCCUCUGUAUCGUAGCUGGUGCUUUCGCUGCCGUCACCUACUGUAAUCUUUUCUGCUCAACAUUAGGUUAGGCGGUUUUGAUGUAUUUCUGUUUGUAUAUACCUCAAACAAGUCUUAAAUUCUUAACGAGGCAGUUCUAUGAAAAUCAAAUGCACAAGUUUCUUGUUAA